AUGGAAAGAGUCAACUACACACUCUUGACUGAGUUCAUCCUGACAGGAGUUCCCCACCCUCCCAGGCUAAGGACAUUCCUCCUUGUGUUCUUUGUGCUAAUCUACCUCCUGACUCAGGUGGGGAACCUACUCAUCCUGGUCACUGUCUCUGCAGACUCACAGCUCCAUGCACGGCCCAUGUACAUCUUCCUCGGUGCCCUCUCCAUCAUCGACAUGGGCAUCUCUACCAUCAUUGUCCCCCGGCUGAUGUUGAACUUCACUCCAGGCGUUAAGCCCAUCCCAUUUGGGGGCUGUGUGGCUCAACUUUAUUUCUAUCACUUUCUGGGCAGCUCCCAGUGUUUCCUCUACACCACAAUGGCCUAUGACAGGUACCUGGCAAUAUGUCAGCCCCUGCGUUACCCAGUACUCAUGUCUGCUAAGCUGAGUACUUUGCUGGUGGCUGGGGCUUGGGUGGCUGGCUCAAUCCACGGAGCAAUCCAGGCCAUUCUAACCUUCCGCUUGCCCUACUGUGGUCCCAACCAGGUAGAUUACUUCUUCUGUGACAUUCCUGCAGUUUUGAAGCUAGCCUGUGCUGAUACCACAGUCAAUGAGUUGGUGACCUUUGUGGACAUCGGAGUGGUGGUUGCCAGUUGUUUCUCCCUGAUCCUUCUCUCCUACAUCUAUAUCAUCCGGGCCAUCCUGAGAAUCCGCACGGCUGACGGACGGCGAAGGGCCUUCUCAACAUGCGGAGCCCAUGUGACUAUUGUCACCGUCUACUAUGUGCCCUGCGCCUUCAUCUACCUGCGACCUGACAGCCACAGUGUCUUGGAUGGGGCGGCCGCUCUCUUCCCCACAGCCGUCACUCCUUUCCUCAACCCCCUCAUCUACACUCUGAGGAACCAGGAGGUGAAGCUGGCCUUGAGGAGAAUGAUAGGAGGCCAGAGGGCUAAGAGUGAGGUGUGAAGACCUCUCCUCUACUGACGAGACACACGGGUUUCAGCUUGGGUUUCACAAGGCUUCCUUCUUGGGUUUCCUCAACUACGUAGACACACGGAUUCGUACAAUGAGAGGAAACAUGGAUGAAGACAAAAACACGACUUCCUAGGAGUUUCCCAGUUUCUGUUCCACACAAACAGCUCCCAGGUGCCACAGGAGUAGACAGUAACACACAAUUACCCAACCAGGCCGGCACACUUGACAUUCUUAAAGCAUCCGAUGAGACUUUGGUGUCCUGGUUAUCAUCAGUUAAGUCCUUCUACUAUAGUCUGCAGUUCCCAGUUCAAUAUAUGCCUCAAGACCAUGUGUUAGACAAGGAACUUUAGGGAUGCUUGCUGGCUUCCUAACAGGCCUUACUGGGGAUUCCCUGUGGCCACCCCAGGUAGGCAAAUGGGUGAAGAGGGUCUCUUGCCUGCUUGAGGAAUAA